AUGGAAAUCAAAAGUUGCACGGUACCGAUAUUCAUUCUCCUCGCGCUUCGGGAACGUCUUUAUCCAGUGAAAGUCCGAGGCCUGACCUGGCCUGACAGGCUUGACCGUGCAGAAGCUUCAUCGAUGAUCCACAAAGCUAGGGUUUGCGGUCUCCUCGUGAUGAAGCCCGAAUAUUUGGCCUUCAUUGACGCCGCUUUACCCUCGAUUCUCGAUCACAGGAGAGGAGCUGGUACUUUCUUCCCAUGGGGGCUUCUUUUCUGUUUGGAUCACCGCGUCGGUCUUCCCUCGGACGUGUUUACUUUGCGGUCUCUGCGUUCAAGCGAGUUUGGGCUCGGGUUCACCGGUUUAGGUACUACCCAGACUUGUGAACAUCAAGGAACUAACGACUCUUUACCUACGCUGGAAAGCAGACAUCAUCCCCACGAUCUACGCUUAGGCACUGGCUAUGCCGGCAAAUAA